UUAGGUACCCCAUCUGGAGCGCUAGCUUCCUACUCGAGUGGAGGAGGAUACUCAAACUCUCUCUCCCUCUCGCAGGGCGGAGGAGCCAUCAGUCCUCUGAGCGCCGCAGCGGCAGCGGCGGCGGCGGCUGGUCGUGUUGCUCUGUCUGGGUCCGGAGUGUCAGGAGUCCUGUUGGCAUCAAACCUGAAUGAAGAGAUGGUCACGCCUCAAAGUAUCUUUACCCUCUUCGGAGUGUAUGGUGAUGUCCAGAGGGUGAAGAUCCUCUACAACAAGAAGGACAGUGCUCUGAUCCAGCUGUCUGACGGCAACCAGGCUCAGCUGGCGAUGAGCCAUUUGAAUGGUCAAAAGGUGUUUGGUAAAGUUAUGAGAGUGACACUGUCCAAACAUCAGACUGUGGCUCUGCCCAGAGAGGGGCUGGACGACCAACUGCUAACCAAAGAUUUUUCUGGCUCACCCCUCCAUCGCUUUAAGAAGCCAGGCUCCAAAAACUUCCAGAACAUCUUUCCUCCCUCUGCAACACUUCACCUCUCCAAUGUCCGGGAUGGAGUUGGAGAGGAUGAUCUCCGCCUUCUGUUCUCUAACAGUGGAGGAACUGUCAAGGCCUUCAAGUUCUUCCAGUAAGAAUCAUUUCAACACCUGAACUCUUCUUAAUU